AUUAAAACACUGCAGACAGGUUGAGAGGGUUAUAUACUGUACAACACUCUCUCUCUGGUGACACUGUGCUGCAGCCUUCAUUCAACUCUGCCAACACUGAAAGAAGGAAACCGACAGAGGGAAAGAAAGAGCGAAUUACAGAAAGAAAGAAAAAAAGUCAAGACUGUCAAUUUGCCAGCUUCUCAGAAUUCCUUCUCUUUCUCUGGGAAAAAAAGAAACUCCAGUGUUGCAAGCCUGUGCACCAUUCUCGCCAAAGACUUCCUAUAUCAGAGUGCACAUACAUCAACUGUUCACCUGCACCGGAGAAAGAAAUCAGAGAGGCCUGGCAGCAUUUGAUAUUAUCACCCGUUCACUUUUUAACUUUGAUUAGAACAAAAAGAAAGAAAGGAGAGAAAGUUUACAGAAGAUUUAUAUUCAGUUUCUUCAGAACAAAGUUUUGAAGAAGUAUCAGAUCCAAUGGCUGACCACACGAUUGAAGAAUCUGACUACUAUCCUGAAAAGGAUGAUUUGGAAUGGGGAUAUGAAGAAGGUGUGGAGUGGGGGCUGCUGUUCCCUGAGGCCAACGGAGAGUACCAGUCUCCCAUAAAUCUGAAUUCCAGGGAGGCCCGCUAUGACCCCAGGCUGCUGGAGGUGCGGCUUUCGCCGAACUAUGUGGUGUGCCGCGACUGCGAAGUCAUUAACGAUGGGCACACCGUGCGGAUAAUGCUGCGAUCAAAAUCAGUGGUCACAGGAGGCCCGCUUCCCAGUGACCAUGAGUAUGAGCUGCACGAAGUCCGCUUCCACUGGGGUAAAGAGAACCAGAGAGGCUCAGAGCACACUGUCAACUUUAAGGCCUUUCCAAUGGAGCUCCAUCUGAUCCACUGGAACAGUACACUCUACAGCAGCAUUGACGAGGCUUUGGGAAAGAGAAAUGGCAUUCUCACGAUUGCUUUAUUUGUACAGAUAGGGAAAGAACAUCUAGGACUGAAGGCAGUAACCGAGGUGCUUCAGGACUUACAGUACAAGGGGAAGACCAAAAUAAUACCCUGCUUUAACCCUAACACAUUACUCCCUGACCCCCUCCUGAGGGAUUACUGGGUCUAUGAGGGCUCCCUCACCAUGCCGCCCUGCAGCGAGAAUGUCACGUGGAUCCUGUACCGCUACCCUCUGACCGUCUCACAGUUCCAGAUUGAGGAGUUUCGGAGACUGAGGUCCCAUGUCAAAGGGGCGGAGCUCCUAGAAGGCAAUGACGGCAUUUUGGGUGACAACUUCCGGCCGACCCAGCCCCUCAGUGACAGAGUGGUCAGAGCAGCCUUCCAGUAGGCAUCAGUGACCCUGGACUUUAUCCAUCAUAAAAACCAACAAAAUAACAAGACGCAUGACAUGGCGGCAGUGAACUGUUCGGCAUCGGAUUCGAAUGUGCCUGUUUACUAGUAUUUGAGUCUGAAGGUGUGUUUCUCCUGCUUCACCAUUAGAAGAUGAAGAAUCUUAACGUGUAGCAAAAUUCUUAGCAUUAAAUCAACUCUGACAGACUGCCUAUACUAAUGAUGCAUUGCAGGGGUGU